AUGAGCGUCAACCAAUCAGCAGACCCAAUUCCCUGGCGUUCCCUAGACGCAAGUCUGGAAGCGCACAGCGUUAACUGCGCUGCCGAGCAGCUUGUUCAAACACACACUUUUAUUAAUGAAAACAUAUACCCAAAUGCUUUAAAAAUAAGUGUAAUUCAGCCAAUCCAUAAGAAGGGAAGUAAAGAAGAAGCUUCAGAUUAUAGACCGAUACCACUAAUUCCUACCUUCAAUAAAAUAUUUGAAACAGUUAUCUUAUCACGACUCACAACAUUUUUCUCGAGACACAAAAUGCUUACCGAAUCGCAGCAAGGAUUAAGGAAAGAUGUAAGCACAGCCACUGCUGUUACCAGUUUCUUCCAUGAAGUAUAUAGCAAUAUAGAAUUGGGUAUGCACACAGCCGUGUACAAUAUCAGUGAUGGAUCAAUGAAACUUCUACUCACCUAUCUGGUGAAUCGUAAACAGUGUACCAAACUUACAUAUCAAAUUGACAAUAAGAUCUUAACUUUUAAAUCCAGAAGUGAAACAGUGACACAGGUAAUCCCUCAAGGCUCAAUUCGUGGAAAUUUAUUCUUUUGUAGCAUAUAUUAA